GCCGGGCUGGAGGAGGAGGUGGCGUUCCGUUAGUGGGGUUGAGUUCUGGCUGCGGUGGUGGCUCCUUCUCUGCCCGCCGGGAUCCGCUCAGGCUGGAGGCCAGCCAGCUCUUGCCGCCACCUCGGUCGCGAUGGGGGCGCAGGACCGGCCGCAGUGCCACUUCGACAUCGAGAUCAACCGCGAGCCGGUUGGUCGCAUUAUGUUUCAGCUUUUCUCAGACAUAUGUCCAAAAACUUGCAAAAACUUCCUUUGCCUAUGCUCAGGAGAGAAAGGCCUUGGGAAAACAACUGGGAAGAAGUUAUGUUAUAAAGGUUCUACAUUCCAUCGUGUGGUUAAAAACUUUAUGAUUCAGGGUGGGGACUUCAGUGAAGGUAAUGGAAAAGGUGGAGAAUCAAUUUAUGGUGGAUAUUUUAAAGAUGAAAACUUUAUUCUCAAACAUGACAGAGCGUUCCUUUUGUCAAUGGCAAAUCGAGGGAAACAUACCAAUGGUUCCCAGUUUUUCAUCACCACAAAACCUGCUCCACACCUGGAUGGGGUGCAUGUUGUCUUUGGACUGGUUAUUUCUGGUUUUGAAGUAAUAGAACAAAUUGAAAAUCUGAAAACUGAUGCUGCAAGCAGACCAUAUGCAGAUGUGCGAGUUAUUGACUGUGGGGUACUUGCCACAAAAUCAACAAAAGAUGAAUCAUCUUCAGAAAGUGAAAUUGAACAUGAGAGAAGCAGAAGAAGGAAACAUAAGAGGAGGCCAAAAGUUAAACGUUCAAAAAAGAGACGAAAGGAAACAAGCAGUUCAGAAGAGCCAAGGAAUAAACAUAUAGUAAGCCCAAAAGGUCACUCUGAGAGGAGUGAUACCAAUGAAAAAAAGUCAGUUGAUUCAAAUGCUAAAAGGGAAAAACCUGUGGUCCGCCCCGAAGAGAUUCCUCCAGUGCCUGAGAACCGAUUUCUAUUGAGAAGAGAUAUGCCUAUUGUUGCUGUGGAACCUGAACCGAAGAUUCCUGAUGUUGCACCCAUUGUAAGUGAUCAGAAACCAUCUGUAUCAAAGUCUGGACGGAAGAUUAAGGGAAGGGGCACAAUUCGCUAUCAUACGCCUCCAAGAUCAAGAUCCUGUUCUGAAUCAGAUGAUGAUGACAGCAGUGAAACUCCUCCUCACUGGAAAGAGGAAAUGCAGAGAUUAAGAGCAUACAGACCACCUAGUGGAGAAAAAUGGAGCAAAGGAGAUAAGUUAAGUGACCCAUGUUCAAGUCGAUGGGAUGAAAGAAGCCUGUCCCAGAGAUCCCGAUCAUGGUCCUACAAUGGAUAUUAUUCAGACCUUAGUACAGCAAGACACUCAGAUGGUCACCAUAAAAAGCGCAGGAAAGAGAAAAAGCUUAAGCAUAAAAAGAAAGGUAAAAAGCAGAAACACUGCAGAAGACACAAACAGACCAAGAAAAGAAGGACUGUUGCAUUGUCUGACAUAGAAUCCUCAAAAUCUUCCACUCAGAGAAUGAAAUCCUCUUGUGAUAGAGAAAGGAGCUCUCGGUCCUCCUCGUUAUCGUCUCAUCAUUCAUCAAAGAGGGACUGGUCUAAAUCUGAUAAAGAUAUCCCGAGCUCUUUAACCCAUUCCAGCAGAGACUCGUAUAGAUCAAAAUCUCACUCACGGUCUUUUUCUAGAGGAAGCUCAAGGUCAAGAACUGCAUCAAAGUCCUCAUCACAUUCUCGAAGUAGAUCAAAGUCUAGGUCUAGUUCUAAGUCUGGGCACCAAAGGACAGCAUCAAAAUCACCAGUGAGGACAGCUUCUCAGUUAAAUGAAAAUAAACCAGUUAAGUCAGAACCUUUAAGAGCAACAGUGCCACAAAAUGAAAACGUAGUAGUACAACCAGUGGUAGCAGAAAAUAUUCCUGUAAUACCAUUGAGUGACAGUCCCCCCCCUUCAAGGUGGAAGCCUGGCCAGAAACCUUGGAAACCUUCUUAUGAGCGAAUUCAGGAAAUGAAAGCUAAAACGACCCAUUUGCUGCCCAUCCAAAGCACUUACAGUUUAGCAAAUAUUAAAGAGACUGGUAGUUCAUUGUCCUAUCAUAAAAGAGAAAAAAAUUCAGAAAGUGAUCGGAGUGCUUAUUCAAAAUACAGUGAUAGAAGUUCAGAAAGUUCACCAAGGUCAAGGAGCAGAUCUUCUAGGAGUAGAUCUUAUUCCAGAUCAUAUACAAGAUCACGUAGUCUGGCUAGUUCACAUUUAAGGUCUAGGUCUCCAUCAUCUAGAUCUCAUUCACGAAAUAAAUACAGUGAUCAUUCACAGUGUAGUAGAUCAUCUUCAUACACUUCUGUUAGCAGUGAUGAUGGAAGACAAUCCAAGAGGAAACUUAGAUCCAGUAGGAAAAAAAAUAGUGCUUCAAAUAAAAGGCACAGCAGCAGCUCCGAAAAGAUGCUUCGCAGUAAAUAUGCAAAAGGCAGAAGCAGGUCUUCCUGUCAGAGGAAGUAUAGUGAGAGCAGGUCGUCUUUAGAUUAUUCUUCAGACAGUGAGCAGUCAAAUGUUCAGGCUACACAGUCUGCCCAGGAAAAAGAGAAGCAGGGCCAGAUGGAAAGAGCAAAUGAUAAACAAGAAAAAAACAGAAAAGAGAAAUCCAAGCCUGAACGGGAAUGUCAACAUUCAAAAAAAAGAACUUUGAAAGAGAAUCUUUCUGAUCACUUCAGACAUGGCAGUAAGCCCAAAAGAAAGAAUUAUGCUGAGAGUAAAUGGGACUCUGAAUCAAAUUCAGAACAAGAGGUAACUAAAAACAGUAAAAAUGAUUCCCAACCAUCCUCUGACAAGGAAGAAGGUGAGGCCACAUCGGAUUCUGAAUCAGAGGUUAGUGAAAUUCACAUCAAAGUCAGACCCACAACAAAACUGUCAGCAAGUACCUCACUGCCUGAGGAUAAUGGUGUUUGGAAAUCAAGCAGACAAUGUUCAUCAACUUCUGAUUCUGAGGGGUCCUAUUCCAAUUCCGAAAACCACCGAAGAAAGCCACAGAAGCACAAACAUCGUGGGUCUAAGGAAAACAUUAAAAGGGAACACACCAAAAAAGUGAAAGAGAAAUUGAAAGGGAAAAAAGACAAAAAGCACAAGGUUCCCAAACGAAAACAAGCAUUUCACUGGCAGCCUCCACUAGAAUUUGGUGAAGAGGAGGAGGAGGAGAUUGAUGAAAAGCAAGUUACUCGGGAGUCAAAAGAGAAAAAAGUUUCUGAAAAUGGUGAAAACAUAAAAGAUAAUAUUCUAAAACCUGAGAAGUCCUGUGAAGAGGGCAACCUUUCAGGAAAACAUCCUACAGUGACUAUUUCAUCAGAUCAUGAUCAGGUUACUAAAGAUAAUAGUAAACUCAGUGUUUCUCCCACAGCUGUAAAUACUGAGGAAAAUGUUGCCAUUUCUCCUCAAAACAUUCAGCAUACUGAAGAAAGUGUAGUGGAGGAUGUGCUUCAAACAGAUGACAACAUGGAGAUUUGUACUCCUGAUAGGAGUUCUCCAGCAAAGGUAGAAGGAGCUUCCCCUCCAGGAAAUUCACAGCUUGACACUCCAGAUAGAAGCAUUGUUCUGAAGCAGGAUAUGCAAACUGAGCAUCCUGAAGCAGGGACAGUAAAACAGGAAAGCAGAAUGUCUGAAAGCAAAGUGGUAAGUGAAGUAGGAAAGCAGGAUGGCAGCUCUGCUAGCUCAGCUAGUGCUGGAGAAAGUACUGGGAAGCAGGAGGUGGCUGAGAAGAGCCAGAUCAGCCUCAUGAAUAAGAAAUGGAAGCCUCUACAAGGUGUGGGGAACCUGGCAGCACCUACUACUACUACGUCCAGUGCUGUGGAAGCUAAGGCUUUGACCACUGUGUCUGAAAUGAAACCACAAGGCUUGAGAAUAGAAAUUAAAAGCAAAAAUAAGGUUCGGCCUGGGUCUCUCUUUGAUGAAGUAAGAAAGACAGCACGCUUAAACCGGAGACCAAGAAAUCAGGAGAGUUCAAGUGAUGAACAGACACCCAGUCGGGAUGGUGAUAGCCAGUCUAGGAGUCCAAGUAGAUCUCGAAGUAAAUCUGAAACCAAAUCAAGACACAGAACAAGGUCUGUCUCCUAUAGUCACUCAAGAAGUCGAUCAAGAAGUUCUACAUCUUCUUAUCGAUCAAGAAGCUACUCUAGAAGUAGGAGCAGAGGAUGGUACAGCAGAGGCCGAACCAGAAGCCGAAGCAGUUCCUACCGUAGUUACAAAAGUCACAGGACGUCCAGCAGGAGCAGAUCCAGGAGCAGCUCAUAUGAUCCCCACAGUCGGUCCAGCAGGUCCUACACUUACGACAGCUACUAUAGCAGGAGUCGGAGUCGAAGUAGAAGCCAAAGGAGUGAUAGUUACCAUCGAGGCAGAAGUUACAAUCGCCGGUCCAGGAGUUGUAGAUCUUAUGGCUCUGACAGUGAAAGUGACCGAAGUUACUCUCAUCACCGGAGCCCCAGUGAGAGCAGCAGAUAUAGUUGAAGACACCAUUUUUUGAUAUGAAUGAUACCUUAUUUGUAAAUAUCUGGUAACUUAAAAGUUUAAGAAACUUAAUGGCAAUCUUUUGUUCUAUUUCAAUAUUAGAGAUGAAUUUCAAAGAUAGGCAUUUCUUAAUUGUUAUUCAUUUACAUGUGCGCAGAAGAAUCUAAAAUACAGAUAUAUCUCCUAAAAAUAUUUUUAUGCCACAUUUUACAGUAGCCAACUAUGGAAAUGAAUUUCAUUUUCUUGAAUCAAGAAAUCAUGAAAUUUAUCUAAGUAUAAUCUGCAAUAUUAUUUUAGGACUAUUUCUCUCCAUCACACGUAUUCCUUAGAAUACAGAUUCUUUUUUCCUGUUUUUCUGGGUUUAGCAUAUAUACUGCCAAGUGUAGAACUGUGAAGAAGAACUGUUAAAGGCGGCCAAAUAUUUAUAUACUGAUCACAGAGUCUUGUACAUAUGUGUUCUAAAAACAAACUACCCAGAAUUGAUACUGUUGGUAGCCAGGAGUAUAAGGCAGUGGCUCUGGAGUUCUUAAUGCAUUCCUUUCUUCCUUUGCUGUUUCAGAGGAUCAGGAAAGUGGUCAUCAGAUAACCCACACAGGCUGUAUUACCUCAGGCUGGUGGGCAAGGUUCAGAAGAGUAAAUCAGCCUUAACUAUAAAUACCUGCACUGUCUCACAGGACUGAAUGCUUUAUGUUCUUUCUAAUGAAUACUAUCAGAAGUUUAGAUUAUAAAAAACAAUUCUAUUCUAGUUCAUGCUUUGGUGCUUAGUACCUUUUGGUGCUUCUUAAAGCAUUAUUCUUAUAUACCAUACAUUAGAAUACCAUAACACAGAAAAAUGAACAAAAUGUUUUAAAUAACUGGCACCAAAAAUGGUUUCUUCUGUACUGUCAUCAUUUUGAAUAUUUGGGGGACUUCUCUCAAGCACAGGUUGGGGUCCCCUGGAGCAGGCAGGUUUGGCAGUCGGAGGUGUGUGGCCACCCAGGUUUACUGCAUGUGUGUGCCUCUGGACAAUGGAUUAAAGAAUGGACUUCAAAAAUAACUUUAAAAUCUAACUGCCACCAUCCUGGAAACAUUUUGCAGGGCUUUCUUUAAGUCUUUCAAGUAAGGGAUAUACCACAACAGCAGCUGGACUAUGUUCUAACCAGCAUGGUUUUCCUAUUUCUGCUAUGACCUAUGCUGGCUUAGUGAAACCUUGCAUGACCUGAGUAAACCCAGGACAAGAAACAAGGGAAGCAGGGUGGGGAUACUGCAUAAAUUAAACAUUUUCAUGGCUUUGGGUGGUUCCUCCAAAAAUAAUUUAACCUGUAAAAACAGUUUGGGUUUGUUUUUGUUUUUUAAUCUUUGAGUUUUUUUCCCCAAGUGUACUUAAUCACCUUAGUGCCAGUAUAAUCCAGUUAUGCAGAAGAAAUUCAUAUGGCAUGUUUGGUGUAGAACUCUUCUGCACUAUCCUACUCCAGGUCCUAUCUGGUAUAUUUGAGAAGUGGGAAAGAGCCCCCAUGUGGAGGAAUCUGACAACCCUUGAUGGAUGCAGGAGUGACCUUGGAUGUAUUAAAACUAUCACCUAUAGAGCAUAUGAAAACAAGGUUAGGUGGUCAGUUGUUUGCCAAGUUGAUAGGUAAAAAGUACAUUGAAAAACAAGACUUAAGUCAAAAAAAACUUGAUAAUGAAUAUAGAAUGAUAUGUAAUUCAUAUUAAGGGAUUUCAAAGGUUGCCUGUAAUGGAGAAUAUUAGUACUACUCAGUGGCAAAAAAAGGCAUUCAGAACUUAAACAGAAACUGCCAAAUCUAAUUAGGUUAAGAAAAGUUACCCUUGGGCAGCGUAUUAGUUUUCUAUUGUUGUGUGACAAAUUACCCCAAAUUUAGCAGCUUAAAACAACACCCAUUUAUCAGUUCACAGUUCUGUAGCUCAUGGGGUCCAGCACUGUAUGACUGGAUUCUCUGCUCAGGGUCUCACAAGACUGAAAUCAAGGGUUGGCAGGGCAACAUUCCUUCAUGGAGGCUCUAGGGAAGAAUCUGCUUCUAGGCUCAUUUAAGUUGUUGGCAGAAUGCAGGUCCUUCCUGGCUCUCAGCCAUGUGUCUCUCAGCUCUUUAAGGCUGCCUGCAUUCCUUCUUGUGUGGUCCCUUCCAUCUUCAAACCAACCUUCAAAUCCUGGUUUCUCAUGCUUCAAAUCUUUCUACCUUCCUUCUCUGUUUUGGGUCCCUAUGAUUAACUGAAACCCAGAGAGGUUGAUUGUGCCAUAGAACAUAAAAAUCACAGGAGUGGUAUCACAACUCAUCACAUUAAUAGCAUCUGGGGAUUCGCUCAUGAAAUGGGGAGGACAUUUCCAAAUUCUGCCUAUCACAGGCAAUAAGUGUGCCCAUCUCUGCUGCAGGUGGAAUUUUUUUUUUUUUGAGUUGGAGUCUCACUCUGUCACCCAGACU